AUGGCCCCCUCCUGCUGCUCCUCUUGCUGCAAGCCUACCUGCUGCAGAACCACCUGCUGCAAGACCACCUGCUGCAAACCAGCCUGUGUGACCUGCUGCUGCAGCACACCCUGCUGUCCAUCCAGUUGCUGUGGGUCCAGCUGCUGUGGUAAGACUAGUUGUGGGUCCAGCUGCUGCCAGCCAUACUGUCCCUCAACUUGCUGUGAAACCACCUGUUGCAAGACCACCUGCUGCAAACCAACCUGUGAGCCCAGCUGCUGCAGCAAACCCUGCUGUCCACCCAGCUGCUGUGAGCCUUGCUGCUGCCCCAGUUGCUGCAUCGUUCCCUGCUGCCAGCCAUGCUGUCCCCCAACUUGCUGUGAAACCACCUGUUGCAAGACCAUCUGCUGCAAACCAGCCUGUGAGCCCAGCUGCUGCAGCACACCCUGCUGCAAGCCCAGCUGCUGUGAACCUUGCUGCUGCCCCAGUUGCUGUAUCAUUCCCUGCUGUUCUCCAAAUUGCUGUGAAACCACCUGCUGCAAGACCACCUGCUGCAAACCAACCUGUGUGGUCAGCUGCUGUAGCACACCCUGCUGCAAACCCAGCUGCUGUGAACCUUGCUGCUGCCCCAGUUGCUGCAUCAUUCCCUGCUGCCAGCCCUGCUGCUGCCAGCCCUGCUACCCUCCUACUUGCUCUUGA